GAUGGACAAGGAUAUCUUGGAGAGCGUCUUGAAGAGGAACUGGAAAGAGUCCAGCCUGGAGAAGAUUGUAAGCGUAGAAAGUUCGCCAGCCGUUGCAAAGAACUUGAACUUCUUGUCGACCGUCGACAGGCUCAAACUGAAAUCGAUCCUAGGCAAUGGGAAGGUUGUCAACAAGAGUCUCAUCAUCAAAUUGGGCACAAAUCCCAACGAGUUUCAAUCAGAGUUCAAUGGAAGGUACGAUACCUUCAGGAAAGAAGUAAUGAUGUACGACACACUAAUAAAAAUCGAACACCUCAUGGAAGAAUUUGAAGAUACGGAAGAUAUACUUUGGUGCAAAAUGGUCCACCACAUCCCCUACAGCUGUAUCGUACUGGAGGAUUUAAAGGCCAAAGGGUUUCACAUGGCGGAAAGAGGACAAUUUUACGACUUGGAUCACGCUUUGUUAGCAGUGCACUCCCUGGGGAGGUAUCAUGGGAUGUUUAAGACACUUGAGGCGAGGGGAUUAUCUCCGCAAGGAUUAAAAACUUGGUUUCUCUUCGACAACGAAGAAAUGCAUGAUUAUUUUUAUUGGGACAUGACUGCUUUGAAAGAUGGCGUCCAACGACUGUGGGAUCCGAGUUGGACACCGAUUGUAGAAAAAAUAAAAAUUACCAAAACAGAAUUCCACGAGAGGUUGAAAAAAUUUGCCGAAUUAGACGAGUCCAAAUUUAAUGUUACAAACCAUGGAGACUGCCAUAAAAAUAACAUUGUUGUCAAAUAUGGUUGGGAUAAAAGGCCGAUUGCUAUGAGAUUUUUGGACUUUCAACUAGUGCAUUACGGAUCUCCUUGCAUUGAUUUAACUUACAUGUUUUACCUGGCCGUUGAUCCUUUUGUUCGACGAGAGAACUUCGAUCUUAUAUUAAGGACGUACCACAACUCCCUGGUAAACACCUUGGACAAGUAUAACUUCCAAGGAAACAAACCCGACUUAGAGGAAAUCAAAGAUGGUAUGGAGAAGUAUUCUUUCAUGGGAUUAAUGCUCUCUCUCACCUGGCAUCCUAAUUUUUUACAAUCGGAGAAGAUGGAAGAACUUCGCGAUUUCGAUAAGAUAGCAGCCACUGAAGGAAAGGAAGGAUAUGCCGACGAAGGUUUCCAUCCUGAAAUUCUUGAAAAAAAUAUUGGACCUGAUAUAAUUGCUUUUGUGGAUAGGUUUUGCUCAGAUAGUUAAUAAAUAAAAUUAAUUCAUAA